CGUAAAUAUUCGUGAUUUAUUUCCACCGGUAGUGGACGCGUCGUAAUUUUAUUUUUAUCGAACUGUGCUUCAAAUUUCUUACGGUUUCCGCAUAAAAAUGACGGCUAUCGAUAAAAUACAAGUUUUGGACUCUAUUGAAAAGGAAUUGCUACUUUGUUUGCAGAGUGCAGGCCAAGCUCUGUUGGAGCUCAGCAAGGAGAAAACCAGUCAAAAGGCAACGGAAACCCACACGAACCAGUUCCUGAAAUCGCUGAACAUUGUCGAAUCGAAACUGUCGGAACAGAUCAACUACCUCACUCAAGUGUCCACGGGGCAACCCCAUGAGGGGUCCGGAUAUGCUGCUGCAAAAGUUUUGCAGAUGGCAUGGCAUCGUAUUCAGCAUGUGAAGUCACGCAUCAAGGAACUGGAAGAGUGCAAGAUCAAAUACGUCCAGGCUACCAAUAGGCUUCAAACGCAACGAACCGGACCCAAUCCCGGUUCUGGAGGUGUUAUGUAAGGGACAGACGUUUCGGUUAAGUUAGUGUUAAGCUUCUUUAAUAACUGUAUACAAUAACUUUAUUUCUCUAAUCUUGAGUUUCCUCCAAUUGAUGGGAGGCCGAUUCUUUCGGUUGCCCAAUGCCGAAGAAACUAUUCUGCACUACAAACCUAA